AACAAAUACUUUUUUCUAGUUUGAAUGUGGAAAUACAGUGUCAAACGCAUGUAGGUGGCAUGGACAAUCAUUUAGCUUUGUAUCAACCGAAAUUGUUAAAUUGUCAGUAACUAUGUCAUUGGGUAUUUCAAGAGAAAUGUUGGCAUUCAAUUGCAUCAUGUGAGCCCCUAUGAAUUACCAGGAUGAAUAGGUCAGCGUAACCCAAGCCCAUUUGCAAUAGAAGUUGGAGCCAUUGUCCAUGGAGAUUAACAAAGGGAGAAAGGGUGGUAUUUUAUUGAGGGUACACAACAAGUUGCCUCACCAUGUUAAUAUUUGAUAGAGCUAUGCUAGAGGGGUUACAAUAAAAGUAAUGGAUAUCCCCAAAUUAUGUUAAUAAACUUAGAAUGUACUUUGUUUGCAGGCAGGUCAGCUUCAAUGAAGGGUAAGGAAAGCUACCUGCAAAAUGUUUUGUACCCCCAAAUACGAUUUAAAAAAAGCUCGUACCGUACUGCUGGUUACAAAUCUUUGCCAAAAUACAGAAAGCCUGAGUGAACCAAAAUAAAUUUACACCGUUUGUACAGUAGUAGACCACGCCCUCUGCUGGUGAGCACGACGUAGUUCUCUCUGCGUAGUAGUUUUUAGUGUUUCAAAGAAAAUGGCGGAAAGCGACCUCAACGUUGACAGCAUCAUCUCUCGAUUGCUUGAAGUGCGAGGAUGUCGUCCAGGGAAGAUAGUCCAGAUGACAGAGGCGGAGGUGCGGGGGUUGUGCAUCAAGUCCCGGGAGAUCUUCCUCAGUCAGCCCAUUCUACUGGAGCUGGAGGCUCCGCUCAAAAUCUGCGGUGAUAUCCAUGGCCAGUACACAGACCUGCUGCGGCUCUUUGAGUACGGGGGCUUCCCGCCGGAGGCUAACUACCUGUUCCUGGGAGACUACGUGGACCGAGGCAAGCAGUCCCUGGAGACCAUCUGUCUACUGCUGGCCUACAAGAUCAAAUACCCCGAGAACUUCUUCCUACUCAGAGGCAACCACGAGUGUGCUUCCAUCAACCGCAUCUACGGUUUCUAUGAUGAGUGCAAACGCAGAUUCAACAUAAAGCUGUGGAAGACCUUCACAGAUUGCUUCAACUGUCUGCCCAUCGCCGCUAUAAUCGAUGAGAAGAUCUUCUGCUGCCAUGGAGGUCUCUCUCCUGAUCUACAGUCCAUGGAGCAAAUUCGACGCAUCAUGAGGCCAACCGAUGUCCCUGACACAGGACUGCUGUGUGAUCUGCUGUGGUCGGAUCCAGACAAAGACGUGCAGGGCUGGGGGGAAAACGACCGGGGCGUCUCCUUCACCUUUGGGGCUGACGUGGUCAGCAAGUUCCUCAACCGCCACGACCUGGACCUCAUCUGCAGAGCCCACCAGGUUGUUGAGGACGGCUAUGAGUUUUUUGCCAAACGGCAGCUGGUGACGCUGUUCUCGGCUCCCAACUACUGCGGGGAGUUUGAUAACGCUGGGGGCAUGAUGAGCGUUGACGAGUCCCUCAUGUGUUCCUUUCAGAUUUUGAAGCCGUCAGAGAAAAAAGCUAAGUACCAGUAUGGAGGGGUGAACUCGGGACGCCCCGUAACCCCGCCCCGUACUGCCCAAGCCCCCAAGAAGAGGUGAGCGUCUGCCCCC